AUUUUAUGAAGCCAAAGACAGAUCAUGAAAAACUCUACACAGGUUUCAUAUUUCACACUCGCUGCCUACUUUGACACUGGGCUGCUGAAAUACUUUUAUUUUCUUAUUAUUAUGAUUUUAUACGUUUCAGCCCUUUGUGCCAAUGUGCUGCUGAUUGUGGUCAUCUGUAUGAACAGAAGCUUACAUGAGCCUAUGUACCUGUUUCUGUGCAGCCUGUUUGUAAAUGAACUGUAUGGUAGCACAGGGCUGUUUCCAUUCCUCCUGGUUCAGAUUCUCUCUGACGUUCACACUGUUUCUGCUUGGUUUUGCUUCCUGCAGGUUUUCUAUAUUUAUACAUAUGGACAUAUAGAAUUUAUGACCUUAGCCGUCAUGUCUUAUGACAGAUAUCUUGCUAUCUGUUACCCUCUACAGUAUAACAGACUGAUGACAGCUAACAAGGUCGCCAUGUUUAUUGCUUUAGUUUGGUUAUACGCGCUGAUUGCCACUGUCGUCGGGUUGUUUCUGACUGUCUCUUUACAGCUGUGUGGGAACAUCAUUCCCAAAGUUUACUGUGACAACUAUUUUAUCGUCAAACUGGCCUGUUCUGACACCAGAGUCAAUAACAUCUAUGGACUCAUUGUAACUUGUCUCACAGUCUUAUGUCCAGUGACACUGAUCCUUUACACUUACAUGAGGAUCCUUAAAGUGUGUUUCUCAGGCUCCAAACAGACCAGACAGAAAGCUGUCAGCACCUGCACACCUCACCUCGUGUCCCUGCUCAACUUCUCUUGUGGCUGUUCCUUUGAAAUAUUACAGAGCAGGUUUAAUAUGAGCAGUUUACCCACAACAUUACGUAUUUUUUUGUCACUCUACUGGCUCACGUGUCAGCCGCUCAUCAACCCUUUACUGUACGGACUGAAAAUGUCCAAAAUUCGCACUGUGUAUAAAAGUCUGCUCUUUGGGAAAAGAACGUGA